CUCGUUGUUGUUUUUUGCUGAGCAGUCAUACCGGCGGCCGCAGGCCGGGGGCAGCGUCACACAGUGCUCCUGCCUUGACAGGGAGGGGGGGGGGGGGGGUGGCGACGUGUUUAGUUGCGCCUUGCUGUGCGGCUGCGGUCUUUGCUGUUUGCUUGUGAUGGUCGGGCUGAGGCUGGGCGGGAGGUGCUGGCUCGCGUGACCUGGGCUGGCAGCGUCGCCACCACUUGAUACACUGACUGUAGCGAGUGGCUACAUUGUAUCCGCCGCCGCCGCCGCUUCACAUCGGCCCGGGCCCAGCAGUGUACUAGCUACCUCCCUCCCUCCCACUCACUCACUCACUCACUCACUCCCCGGGCCCGGAGACGGAGACGGAGAGCCGGGCAAUGAUCUCCAACCUCUGCCUCCUCCUCUCCCUCCUGGCGGCAGCUGCCUGUCCCGCCGCCGCCUUCUCCUACACCGGCAACAGCGACAAGUUAUCCUUAAGGCGCCACUUGAAUGUAACCAGACCGCCCGUUGUACUGGUUCCAGGUGACCUGGGGAACCAGCUGGAGGCUAAGCUGAACAAACCUUCCGUGGUGCACUAUGUGUGCACCAAGAAAACCGAGGAUUACUUCACCCUCUGGCUGAAUCUCGAGCUGCUUCUGCCUCUCGUCAUUGACUGUUGGAUUGACAACAUGAGGCUGGUUUACAACACAACAACCAAAACAACCGAAACCCCACCUGGAGUUGAUGUGAGAGUUCCUGGAUUUGGGAAAACCUACCCACUGGAAUUCCUGGAUCCCAGCAAAAGGACUGUGGGGAUUUACUUCUAUACUAUGGUGAAGUACAUGGUGGACUGGGGCUAUGUCAGGGACGAAGAUGUCCGUGGUGCUCCGUACGACUGGCGGCGAGCACCCAAUGAAAACGGUCAGUAUUUCAAGGACCUGCAGGAGAUGAUUGAAUCCAUGUACAAGCAAUAUGGUGAACCCAUUGUCCUGAUAGCACACAGCAUGGGAAACCUCUACACCCUCUAUUUCCUGAACCAUCAGUCCCAGGAGUGGAAAGACAAAUACAUUAAGUCCUACAUUGCGCUGGGGGCUCCUUGGGGAGGCGUGACGAAGACUUUGCGAGUAUUGGCUACAGGAGAUAAUGAUCGAGUUCCUGUCAUCAGCCCAUUGAAGAUCCGUGAUCAGCAGCGGACUGCAGUCUCCACCAACUGGCUCCUCCCUUACAACAACACCUGGUCAAUGGACACGGUAUUCAUCACCACGCCAACGUAUAAUUACACGAUAAAAGACUAUCAGAAGUUCUACCAGGACAUCAACUUCAAAGAAGGCUGGCUCAUUCGGCAAGACACCGAGCCGUUGGUGUACAAGUUGACUGCCCCUGGCGUCCCAAUAUAUUGCCUGUAUGGAACCGGAGUGCCAACGCCCGAGUCCUUUCAUUACGUUUCCUUCCCCAAUCAGGAACCCGUAGCCGUCAAUGGGGAUGGCGAUGGGACAGUCAACCUAGUUAGUGCCCUAAAGUGCAAGGAAUGGGCUGGGAAACAGAAAGGCAAAGUCUUCAUGAAAGAACUGCCAGGAAAUGAACAUGUAAAUAUGCUGUUGAAUAUCUCUACAAUAUCCUAUAUCCAAAAGAUCCUAUUUAAUUUACCUCCGCUGUGAAUUCAUAGUGACUACUCUGGAAGUCGGAGGAAACGUUUGUUUUUCUGAAUCUUAACAGUUUUAUAGUGACUUGAAGCACUCCAUUGACUGUGAAUUGGUGUGCGCAUAACUACGGUUGCUCUCUGACUUCACUGGAACAGGACUGUGCAUCAAUCCAACUAAUUCCCUUUCGCCAACAAAGGAGCCGUGGAUAAUUAGUGGCACCUUUAUUCCAUUGGUGCAUGCAUAUUCCCAAAAGAUGCUGCAUUAUCUCGAUUCUCUCCAUUUUAUUGAUUGUGGUGUCUGAACUGAAUCUUCCUGAUUUUGACCUGACAUUGGAACAGGGGUGGGUCACUGAGCCUUUUCCAUCAUUGAACUGAACCUCAUCAUCUAUCAAUUAUUUUUUUUAAUAAUCAUUUCAUUAUAAUGGAAUAUUGGGGUGUAUGUUGGAGAUUGAGGGCAGAGAGGGAUUUGUGAAGUCCAGUGGUUUAGGCAUACAACGAAGAUUCACAGAAGCAAGUCUUGCAACCUUUUGAUGUCAAAAAGUUAACUGCUUGAAGAUGCAUUUGAUUGCAGGUUUGGCAAAUCGUGCUACGAUCCGGUAACAAAAUGAAGGUGUGAACAUCACCCCAUUCGACUUCCUGUAGGUUCACUGUAUAAUAGACUCCAUCCAGCAAAAAAAAACAUAUGCAGGAUGGGAAACAGAAUUGUUGUAGUGCCAAAGCUUUUUUUUUUUUGCCACAGAUUCCAGCAUCUGCAGUCCCUCAUGCCCCCAGUGGUACUUCUGCAAAACCAAAGUUGAAGUACAUGGACAAGGAAAAUAUCAGGGAGCAGAAAUUCUGUCAUCCCUAUUAUGACAAUGGAGAAUGUAUUGAAGUACAAAGGUUACGUAUGAUUUCCACUGGAUCCCAUCCUUGUAAUAUUAACUCUUUGUAAUUUAGGUUCCAACUCUUUAUGAAUACCUCUUCCAUACAUUUGCUUCUAGCUGUGUUUGCCAAACACUAAGUAUGAUACAGCUACCUCCUAAUUUCAAACCCACCUUCUACUAGUUGAAAGCAUCAUUUCUGAAUCAUCUUUAAAUUAAAAUGGAUGCAAGUGAAAGGGGAAAAUAGAUAUCUUUUGCUUCCCUAAACCUUACGUCACUUGAUUUGAGUGCAAUUUCACAAAUAAUUAUUCUAAAAAGACAAUAAAACUUAACCUUUCCCAUUUACUUCUGCGGAGGGGGUUGUUUGUUUGCUUUUGCCAAGAAUAUUUUAGCAGGAUCGUGCAAUAUUUUGCUGUGUAUUGAAUGGAUAUAUCUUUGUGCCUUCACUGUACUGAGGCCACGGCAUGCCUAUGAUAGUCAAGAUGUUUAAACUUUGUGCACACAAUUUAAUUUUUGUUUUGGGUGGGGAAAGAGCACAAUUUAUGGGUUGGUGGCGGUGAAAUAACACAAUUGGCUUGUGUGUACAUUUGCAGAAAGGAAAUGAGUCACAAUAGACACAGGACACUUUCUUACUUGGAAGAUGGGGGACAGCAUCAAAGGGUAUUGAUGAGUCCAUUAGUCUGUAGCCAGGUGAUCACCAAAGCGUGCUUCCUUGCCUCUGCCCCAUCACAGCAAAAGAAAUAGCUCUCACAGAAGAAUUUACACUUUUGCCACGUCUGGGGAACACAAUUCUGAGUUCACCACCACGAUAAUUUAUGGAGAAUCGAUAAUUCAUACAAUUUGCAACACAACAGGUAAGAGAGGUUUAUUAGGACAUCUAGUUACUUGAGAGAAAACAGCCAUGUCCCAAUAUACAUUUUCAAAAGUUUCCAGACAAUUCAAAGCCCAGGCUAGAAUACCAGUUAUGAAAUUUUGUUAUAAAUGUUGGAUGUUACCAGUUUCAUAUGUCGAGUUCAAUAUUGUCGUACAUUUUAAUAUUUCGUAAACUGUAAAUGUAGAAGCAAAUUCCAAAUAUUUGGUUGGUGCGCUUGCCCAGCGAUAUCUUAAUGGACAUGAAUAUUUUCUUAAGGCAGUUAUAUUUUUGAUACUUGGCACUAUAUUCAAGGCAGCAAAGUCUGGGUGCAGCCAUAAAGCAGGUCAUUGUGGAUGCUGACUAAAUUUGUAAGCUCUGCCGCCUUGUCCUUGUAUUCUGAUUGCUGAUAACUGAUUGGAAAACUAACAUUAAUUGCGCUGUCUCUGGGGGUGCAGCCCUGCUGUACCGGCUGCUCUUGGUAAAGGCUAGGCAGGGUACCAGAGGCACACUGCCGCGGAUGGGAUAAAACAAGCAGAGACUCUGGAGUAGGGUGGUGACUUGCCCCUCCCCGUGCUUUCUUCCAACCUGUGGCAGCGUGGUGGUUGGAAUAGUGGGUCUGGCAAGACAGGGAGGUAAAUCCAAUUGUUACUACUUAUAGACCAAACAUUAAUGUUUUGGACUGUAAAGCUGGUGGCUGAGUCUGAUCACAAUUGUGUAUUCAUGCUGUUAUCUGUGCUUGUACAGUUCACAUACCCAGCUUCUAAGAAUGGUCAUAUUUAAUCACUGAAGGCGCAUUGCUGUAACCACUGCUUCUGUUUCUACUCAAGUGUUAUAUUUUUCAAUGGUAAAUAAACAAGUUUCACCUGCA